CCGGGCAAUCACACUCGCAAAUAAAUACAAACAACAUAUUCUAGACCAUUUGACUUUAUUAGUUUGUGGUAGCAAAAUUCAAAGUUCGAGUCACUAAAUUAAGGAGGCUACUGUUGCCGCUGCCACACCCACCACUCCCCUCCGCCCCAGAGACUGUUGCAGCAUGUUUUAGAUAAACCAAAUAUUAAAGACAAAAAGUCAACUGAAAUUCCUAUUGGAAACGAAAGACUCCUCCGUAAUGAGAGUGCGAGCGAGAGAGUGUUGAAAGGAACAAAAAUCAAAAUUACCCGUGGUUCGUAACUACAAAAACAAGAGAACAGUUUAAAUCAAAAUUUUCGGUCGGUGGUGCUGUACUUAAGUGUGUGUGCGGGGGUGUGCGGUCCGUGUUUGUGUGCGUGUGAAGUGCGUGAGAAAGCUGGAGGCGCGUGCAUUACAAUAAUUGCACAAAUCCCAAGACUUACGAGGGGCGGGGGUGUCACCAAUCAGCGAGAGCGAGCAGGGCAGAUAGAGAGGGCGAGUGAGACAGCCAAAAAGCGCAGCAGCAACAACAAAGGGCUGUGAUUUCUGUCAAAUCGCCCACGCACCCGCCCCCGCCCCCUUAACGUGCCUUCGUUGCCUGCUCUUCGCACUUCCGUAUUUACCAAAUAAACGGGACACAAACUGUGGCAACAACAAAAACAGCAAUAGCAACGGGAAGCCAGAGAGAGAGAGCAGCGAGGAAAAACAAUCGACUAGGGGGCGCAAGGGAGAGGCCUAGAGGAACUAGUGGGGUGGCUGCAGAGUAAGCGAGACGAAUAUGGAUAUCCUGGAGAUGCUGCGCGCCAGCGCCACUGGCAGCUACAACACGCUCUUCUCGGACGCGUGGUGCGUAUACGUUUCCCAGCAGAUCCAUGCAACGAUGUACCUGUUCUUGUUCGUGCUCAUACCGACCUUCCUCCUGUUCGCCUGGUGCAUAUACUUCAAGCGAAUCGCCCGCGUACGCCUGCGCGAUGAGAUUGCCAACUCGCUGAGCGCCGUCACCUCGUCCGGCGGGGACUUGCGCGGUCUACGCUUUCGGAAGCGUGACAAGAUGCUCUUUUAUGGCCGUCGCAUGCUGCGCAAAAUGAAGAACGUCAGCGGCCAGAUGUACAGCAGUGGCAAGGGAUACAAGCGGCGGGCGGUGAUGCGCUUUGCCCGACGCAUCCUACAGCUGCGCAGGGACAAUAUGCCACUGGAGAUGCGAACAGUGGAACCGCCGGCGGAGUAUCUGGAGGAGACAAUCGAGGGCAGUGACCGGGUGCCGCCCGAUGCCCUCUACAUGCUGCAGAGCAUCCGUAUCUUUGGGCAUUUCGAGAAGCCCGUUUUCCUGCGCCUGUGCAAGCACACCCAGCUCCUGCAGUUGAUGGCCGGCGACUAUCUGUUCAAGAUCACCGAUCCGGAUGACAGUGUCUACAUCGUCCAAUCUGGCAUGAUCAAUGUGUAUAUCUCGAAUGCCGAUGGCAGCACCCUGUCCCUGAAGACGGUGCGCAAGGGCGAGUCUGUGACGUCGCUGCUCAGUUUCAUCGAUGUGCUGUCGGGGAAUCCCAGCUACUACAAGACGGUCACCGCCAAGGCCAUUGAAAAGUCGGUGGUUAUACGAUUGCCCAUGCAGGCCUUCGAGGAGGUGUUCCAGGACAAUCCAGACGUCAUGAUUCGCGUCAUCCAGGUCAUCAUGAUCCGGCUGCAGCGCGUCCUAUUCACCGCCCUGCGUAACUACCUUGGCCUAAACGCCGAGCUGGUCCAAAAUCAUAUGCGCUACAAGAGCAAUGCCAUGAUGUCCGGUACUAUCAUCAACUCGCAGUCAUCGCAAUCAUCGCGUCAAACAGCCGCCAAUGUUGCCUCAGCCAUCCCGCCCAGUCAAUUGUCAGUGCCACCAACGACGACGGCGACCCCAGCAACUCGGGAAGCCGGAGCAGGUGUUGGUCGAGCUCACCACUCCUCGUCGCGGCAUUCCCGCGAGGAGCACACACUAUCCGAUCCAAAUCCCAAUCCGGAAGCUGACCAACAGACCGGAGCCAGCCAGAUAUUCAGUGAACUGCAUGGCGAGGCCUCCAGUGCGGAUGUGUUUCAUCAGCAUCAGCAGCAGUCCGUGGGAAAUCUGUCCACGCGUCGUGGUUCCAUCACCCAGGCGGGCCCAGCUUCGCCGCUUGAAGGGGUCCACUCAGCGCAGUCCCAGCAGCAGCAGCAGCCGGCGCCAACGCCACAAUCCCCUUCGAUAGACCUGCGACUAGUGCAAUCCUCGGCCGUGGAGAGCCUGCGAAGGGAACUGGGCCUGCCAGAGGAGGAUGCCCACAUCAUAGAGCCAUUUGUGGAGGUCCGUGAACUGGAACCGAAUGUCACCCUCAUCACCGAGGGCAAUGCGGACGAUGUGUGCAUUUGGUUUGUGAUGACUGGAACCUUGGCGGUUUACCAGGGCAACCAGGAUGCCACAAGGGCCAAGCCUGAUAAGAGCGAUAUGCUGAUACAUUUCGUGCAUCCCGGCGAGAUUGUGGGCGGUUUGGCCAUGCUCACGGGCGAGGCGAGUGCCUAUACGAUUCGAUCGAGGAACAACAGCAGGAUAGCCUUUAUCCGGCGAGCGGCCAUCUAUCAAAUCAUGCGACAGCGACCACGAAUCGUUUUGGAUCUGGGCAAUGGCGUGGUUCGUCGCCUGUCGCCACUGGUGCGGCAAUGUGAUUACGCUUUGGACUGGAUCUUCCUGGAGUCGGGACGUGCCGUUUAUCGGCAAGACGAGAGCAGCGACAGUACCUACAUUGUGUUGAGCGGACGCAUGCGAUCGGUGAUCACGCAUUCCAGCGGGAAAAAGGAAAUCGUGGGCGAAUACGGCAAGGGUGACCUUGUGGGCAUCGUUGAAAUGAUCACCGAAACGUCACGCACCACGACGGUGAUGGCUGUGCGCGACUCGGAACUGGCCAAGCUGCCCGAGGGCCUGUUCAAUGCCAUUAAGCUGCGCUAUCCGAUUGUGGUUACCCGGUUGAUUAGCUUCCUUAGCCAUCGCUUCCUCGGCUCGAUGCAGACGCGCUCGGGCAGCGGGGCGCCGGGCGCGCCCGUUGAGGCGAAUCCUGUCACGCACAAGUACUCAACGGUGGCCCUGGUGCCCAUCACCGACGAGGUGCCGAUGACAACCUUUACCUACGAGCUCUAUCAUUCGCUCUGUGCCAUAGGUCCCGUUCUCCGGCUCACCUCGGACGUGGUGCGCAAGCAGCUCGGCCCGAACAUCUUUGAGGCGGCUAACGAGUACCGGAUGACCUCGUGGCUGGCCCAGCAGGAGGAUCGCAACAUUAUAACGCUUUAUCAAUGCGAUAAUUCGCUUAGCGCCUGGACGCAACGCUGCAUGAGGCAGGCGGAUGUCAUUCUGAUUGUCGGCCUCGGUGAUCGUUCGCAUUUGGUGGGGAAAUUUGAGCGCGAAAUCGAUCGACUGGCGAUGCGAACGCAGAAGGAGCUGGUCCUGCUCUAUCCGGAGACGACCAAUGCCAAGCCAGCGAAUACGCUGAGCUGGCUGAACGCGAGACCCUGGGUGACCAAGCACCAUCAUGUGCAGUGCGUGAAGCGCAUCUUUACGCGCAAAAGUCAAUAUCGCAUUAAUGAUCUCUAUAGUCGCGUUCUGCUCUCCGAGCCGAACAUGCAUUCCGACUUCUCGCGCUUGGCCCGCUGGCUAACGGGCAACUCGAUUGGCUUGGUCCUGGGCGGUGGCGGAGCACGCGGUGCUGCCCAUAUUGGCAUGCUGAAGGCCAUCCAGGAGGCAGGAAUACCCAUCGAUAUGGUGGGCGGCGUGAGCAUUGGAGCUCUGAUGGGUGCCCUUUGGUGUUCCGAACGCAACACCACCAUAGUCACGCAGAAGGCGCGGGAGUGGUCCAAGAAAAUGACAAAAUGGUUCCUACAACUGCUGGACCUCACUUACCCGAUCACAUCGAUGUUCUCCGGUCGGGAAUUCAACAAGACCAUCCACGACACCUUCGGGGAUGUGAGCAUCGAAGACCUGUGGAUACCCUACUUUACGCUGACCACCGACAUCACGGCCAGUUGUCAUCGCGUUCACACCAACGGCCACCUGUGGCGUUACUGCCGCGCCAGCAUGUCGAUUGCCGGCGUAUUUCCGCCAUUUUGUGAUUAUAGCGACGGUCACCUGCUGCUCGACGGCUGCUACACCAACAACGUUCCAGCCGAUGUGAUGCACAACCUGGGCGCCGCUCACAUCAUAGCCAUCGAUGUGGGCUCCCAGGAUGACACCGAUCUGACCAACUACGGCGACGACCUAAGCGGCUGGUGGCUGCUCUACAAGAAGUGGAAUCCCUUCACAUCGCCCGUCAAGGUGCCCGAUCUGCCGGACAUACAAUCCCGGCUAGCCUACGUCUCCUGUGUCCGCCAGCUGGAGGAAGUGAAAAAUUCGGACUAUUGCGAGUACAUCCGACCGCCGAUUGAUAAGUACAAGACCCUGGCCUUUGGCAGCUUCGAUGAGAUCCGGGACGUGGGCUAUGUGUUCGGCAAGAAUUACUUUGAGAACAUGGCCAAGGCGGGGCGUCUGGGCCGGUUCAAUCAGUGGUUCAACAAGGAGCCACCGAAGCGUGGAAACCAUGCCUCCCUCAACGAGUACACCUUCAUCGAUCUGGCGCAGAUCGUGUGCCGACUGCCGGAGGUGUAUGCGGUCAACACCGGGGCGGAGAUCUUUAGCGAGGACGAAGACUGUGAUGGCUAUAUCUCGGAGCCGACAACGCUGAAUACGGAUCGUCGACGCAUCCAGGUGCCGCGUGCCGGCAAUUCGUUGUGCUUCUCCGAGACUGAAAUGGACUCCGAUGUGGAGAUCGAUUUGAAGCUAGACAAGACCACGAUUCAGAGCAAGGAAGAGGCUAUGCGACAUCAUCAUCAUCAUCAUCGGUAUCAUAGGCACAGGCGGGAGGAGGACGAGGUGGUGACGACACCAGAGCAAACGGGACAGAAGCAGCCGAGCAGCACAGCGGAUCUUGGCGAGUGUGCUGCUGGCUUGGAGCAGGGAGAGCAUCAUCCCCUGAGCAAGGACGAGGACAAGGAGAAUCGGAGCAGGGCGAAUAAUGAAACCAAAAACUAGCUAAUACACAACAAAGUGAAACUACAAUUGAGGCGCCGCCACUUCACCACCACCCCCCAGAAACUACUACUCAAUUAUCCGGAUAACCUCAUUCGGAUGAGACCUCUCUCUCCUCUAGGUUUUAUAAUAUAGCAACCAAGACUUAGGCUUAGCUCUUAGCAUACGAAGAAUAACGAAGAUGGCCUUGCCAACCCACAGCACACUCUUUCCCACACACACACACACACACACACAUAUUGCAAUGCAGGCACAACAUUGUCCACAAAACUUUGUAUAUACAUAUAUAUAUAUAUAUAUAAACCUAUAUAUAUAAAUAUAUAUGCAUAUAGUUGUAUAUUUUUUACGGAGGGAAACGGAGAUCCUGGGAUCCUAAUCCACACUUACACCUGAUGGUGUGUGUAGCCUCUCCCCCCUCCUCUCUAUACAUAUAUUACUUUUAGUGAAUGCAAAUUGUUUGUUUUAAUGGUCGGAUAUAUAUAUAGCAAAUAUAUAUGAAUUUUUUUUCUUUUUGUAAAUGCAAGCAAAUAAACUGAAAUCAAUUGAAAGUACAAAAAAUA